UCUUAAGUAUGCGUGCGAGCUAUCUGUGAUUUUAUACAAAGUGGUCUAUCACGUGUAAAUGCAAUGACACUCCAACCUAUAUUACUUCUCUUUGUUAUUUCGAUGUAAAUGACGUAUAGAAGUAAGAUAAUUGACUCUACUAGAAUUCAUAUAACUAAAUAUAAAAAGUAGAAGUAAACAACACUGUAAAUCCUAAUUUGUACAUAUAAAAAUGCAUCGUAUGUUAUAUUCAUUGAGAUGAGUUAAGGAAACGUUUCUCUCUUAAUCUUAUAUAGAGGUCAACACUGAUGCGUCGUCUUUCGAAUACGACACGUUCAAACGAGACGACCUAAAAUUUAGUCAGUCUAACGCGCGCAGUGAUGCGCUCCGUAUCAUUAUAUUGAUCGAUUUGUGUUUUUUUUCCCCAAACAUUUUACCUAUACCGAAAAAAUAUUCGUAAAAAAAAGAAAAAAGAGGAAAGAAAAGAAGAAGAAGAAGAAGAAAAGAAAGAAAUACUUGGGGCUAACUUUUUUGCAAAAUAUUUCUUUAGAAAUAUUUAAAUGUAAUAAUUUCGUCUGGAAUUUUUUUUGGUCCGGAAGAGUUAUCGAUUUUACGAUUAAGCAAAGAUUUGUUUAUUUUCUGAUUGAAAAAUGUCGGACAUUGAGGCAGAAGAUGAGUUUCAAGAUGCUCAAGAAUUUCCAACUUCAUCUACUUCUAUGGAUCUAGAUACAGCUAUUAUGGAAUCAAGAAAGGCAAUUUAUUAUUUCUUUAAUAAUGAUUUUGAUCAAGCAAGAAAAAUUAUGGAACCAUGGGCGCAUAGUAGCAUGUACCAUUCUUUAGGUACAAGUGUCUUUUUAUUUCUGGAAGCUAUGCUUACAUUUGAACAAAAAGACAUUGAGAAAGCAUCUGAAUCUUUGAAACAAUGUAUAAAUGUGUGUUCAAAACACCGCAAACAUACUACAAUUACACAAAACAUUGGAAAAAUUGUUAAGAAGACUAAUUAUGGCGCUUAUACAAUUGAGGAAGUGCAUGCAGAACUCUGCUAUGCUGAGUCACUUCUUUUAAAGUCCAUGCUCACAUUUGUGGAGGACGAGACUCUGGUCAGCUUUGUCAAGGCUGGAUUGAAAAUCCGUACCUGCUUUCUAUCAUACAAAGAAUGUUUAACAAUUCUAAAUAAUCGUAAAUGGGAGAAUGAAAUACAAAAAGUUCACUUUGAAAGUGGUGUUCGUAUGGGUAUUGGCACAUUUAAUUUGAUGAUUUCUUUAUUACCUGCUCGUGUUAUUAAAUUACUGGAAUUUAUUGGAUUUUCUGGUAAUAAGGAUUAUGGUAUUAGUGAAUUAGAAGCAGGAUUUGCAGAAAGGAGAGGUCUUCGUCAAAUAUUAUGUGUAAUGACAUUACUGACUUAUCAUUUAUAUGCUUGUUUUAUGUUAAGUCAUGAAGAUGGUGAUUUAGAUUGGUGUGAAAAAGCAUUAGAUGAAGAAUUAAAUUCUUAUCCAAAUGGUGUAUGGUUUCUUUUCUUUAAAGGAAGACUUGAAUUAGUAAAAGGAAAUAUUGAAAAUUCUAUAGAAUGGUAUGAAAAGUCUUGGAAAAGUCAAACUAUAUGGCCUCAAUUUCAUUGUGGUUGUUAUUGGGAAUUAAUGUGGGCUCAUUGUAUUAAACAACAAUGGAAUGAAGCUGCUGAGUAUGCUACUAAGUUAGCUGAGGAAUCAAAAUGGUCUAGAACAAUAUAUAUUUAUCAAAAAGCUGCAAUUCUUUUAAUGAAAAAUCCAAAUACUGAAGACAAAUAUAUUAUAGAUGAUUUAAUGAUGCAAGCACCGACUUACAAACAACGCAUUGCUGGAAAAUCAUUACCAUUUGAAAAGUAUAUUGUAAAAAAGGUAGAACGUUAUUUUGCACAGAAAAAGAAAUUAAUCCUUCCUGUGUUUGAGCUUAUGUAUCUGUGGAAUUUAUUCAACAUAAUUGGUAAACGAAGGGAUUUAAUUUUAAAUAUGUAUAAAAAAAUCGAGGAUGAGGAAAAAGAAUUAAAUUCAACACUAAAAACAGAUUAUCAUGCAGACAAUGAAGCACUUAUUCUAAUGUUGAAAGGUGCUUGUCUUCGUCAAAUGGGACAUCAUGCAUUAUCUGAGCAUUGUCUAAAACAAGUUAUAGAGUUAGAUAAGUUUAUAAAAGAAGAUACUUAUCUAGUUCCUUAUGCCACUGUUGAACUUGCUUUAUUAGCAGAAGAUCAAGAGGACACUCAAACUGCAGCUUCAUAUUUGGAGGAUGCAAAAAAAAAUUAUACCGGAUAUCUAUUGGAAACUAGAUUACAUUUUAGAACACAUUCGGAUAUUAUGAGAUUGAAUGGAAAAAAAAUGGAAGAUCUCAUAUCAAAUAAACAAGAAAAUCGAAUCCAACAGCAACAAAAAGAAAAUGUGGUUGUUAACAGUGUUAUUAAUGAGGAUUCAAAUUCAAAUAGUAAAGUGAAUGCAAAAUUUAGGAAUAGUCCAAUUGUUACAAGCCUAUAAAAUUCUAUAAUCUUUUUAAAUAACAUGUUCAUUCUUCUAUAUAUAUACUAUUUCUUUUAUACUUCAGUGACUAAAAAUUAGAAGAAUCUGUCGGAUAUUCUCGGCACUAUAAUUCUAUUUGUGGUCAAUGUGAUGGUCUAGUAUAAAGAUUUAGCCUAUUUGUUAUGAUUAGUAAUAAAUUAUUAUAUUAUGGGCCAAGUUAUUAUGGAAUGAAAUUGGUAGGAAAAAGUAAAAGUAGUUUCAUUCAUAUGUAAUCAUGUACACAAAUAGUUAACAAAUAUACUGUAAUUAAAGAAUUUAAUAAAGUAAUUUCUAAUUAAACAAAAUUGAAAGGAAAGAAAAAAGCAAAAUA